AUGAGGCCGCCGCCGUUGCCGCUGCUGCUGCUGGCCGCGCUUCUUUGUUCCGCCGACAGCGGCGAGGCGCGGGACUGCGCGGAGACCCGGCAGGCGCUGGCGGGACGCGGUUUCGCUCUCGCCUCGCUCCCGCCCAGCCUCAUUUCGGGCGAGCACCUGCGCCUCUGCCCCCAAGACUACACGUGCUGCGCCAGCCGGACCGAGGAGCAGCUCAGCCAGCGCAGCGGCGCCGACCUGCAGGCGCUGCUCGGGGAGGCGGCCGCGUUCCUGCUCAGCACCCUCCGCUCCCGCCAGCACCGCUUCCAGGAUUUCUUCCGGGAGCUGCUGGCGGGGGCCGAGCGCUCGCUGCAGAACAUGUUCACGCGCUCCUAUGGGCGCCUGUAUGCCCAGCACGCACGCCUCUUCCAGGGCCUCUUUGUGGAACUCCGGGGCCACCUGCAGGGGUCCCGGCCGGGCUUGGAGGAGGCCUUGAGCGACUUCUGGGCCCGACUGCUGGAGCGGAUGGUUCCCCUCCUCAACCCCCAGUACAGCUUCCCGAUGGGCUACCUGGAGUGUGUGGGGCGCCAGGCUGACGGGUUGCGGGCCUUUGGCGACAGCCCUCGCCAGCUCCGUAUGCAGGUGACCCGGGCGUUCGUUGCUGCUCGUGCCUUUGUGCAGGGCCUGGCGACUGGACGAGACGUUGUUGCCCAGGCCAUCCAGCUCUCUCCCACUGAGGAGUGUCGCCGGGCACACAUGCGCCUCUCUUACUGCCCGCUGUGCCGGGGGACACCUGCCCUCAAGCCCUGCAGUGGCUUCUGCCUCAACGUCAUGAAAGGCUGCCUGGCCAGCACCACAGAGGUGGACCCCGACUGGGAACGCUACCUUGAUGCCUUGACCCAGCUGGCGGAGCGCCUUGGAGGACCCUUCAACUUUGAGCUGGCUGCUGACUCUAUCGGUGUAAAAAUAUCUGAGGGCAUCAUGUAUCUGCAGGAGCAUGGUGUACAGACAUCGGCCAAGGUCUUCCAGAGCUGUGGCAGCCCCCGCCCAGCCCCCGCCCGCUCCCGACGUGCCCCCCGUGAAGAGACCAAGCGGCGUUUCCGCACCUACUCACCCGAGGAGAAGCCCACCACUGCGGCAGGAACCAACCUGGAUCGGCUGAUAUCUGACGUGAAGGAGAAGCUUCGCCUGAUGCGCCGCUUCUGGGUGAUGCUGCCACACACCCUCUGCAGUGAUGAGAAGGUGGCCGCGGACGUGACCAACGAAGACCUGUGCUGGAACGGGCAGGCCCGGGGCAGAUAUCUCCCAGACGUGACAGGUGAUGGGUUGGUGAACCAGAUCAACAAUCCGGAGGUAGAGGUGGACGUUUCACGGCCCGACCUGCCCACCCGGCAGCUUCUCCUGGCACUGCGCGGUGCCACCUCUCGCCUGGUGGGGGCCUGCAAUGGGCAAGACGUGGACUUCCAAGAUGCAGAUGAGGAUGGUGGCAGUGGGUCAGGUGCUGGCUACCGUGAAGAUCGAUCAGCCCAAGGGGCAGGAAGAGGGGUCGUAGGGGGAGUCCCCUCUGGCUCCCGCCCCCCUGCUGAUGCCCACCCUCCCCAUCCCGGAAAGGGCUCCUCUUCCCAGCACAGCCAAAGCAGUGGGGCCAGGCUUGCGCCUCCCACUGAAGCUCUGCUGCCUGCUGCCCUGGCCCUCCUGUGCCUGUGGGCCCUCCUGGGCGGAUGCUCCGCCGUGGAAUCCAAGAGCACAGUCAGCAUCCUGGACGACAUCGGCAGCAUGUUCGACGACCUCGCGGACCAGCUGGAUGCCAUACGAGCACACCGGAACCUCUUCACCUAUGACAUAACUCAGACUCCAGAGACCUCCUUGGCUGGUAUUGCUGUCGUCCAGCAUGGGUACUCGGCCUACAACGUUGACGUGGGGUGGUGUGAGGGAACCAGCCAUGGUCGGUUGCUGGAGAGGGGGAAUGGUAGUGGGGCCGAGCUGGCCAGCCAGGACUGGACGUUUUCUUGGCCUGCAGCCACCUUGGCCGUGGACCCGCGGCAGGGUCCCCCGAGCCCGUCAGAUGUUUCAGUAAUAACGGAAGCCACCGCUCAUGGUUCUUUGCUCUCUUCCUCGUGUCCCAUCUUCCUCUAUAUCCAGAACAGUACAAGCACCCGAGAUCGUUCGGAGGUCAAGGAACGAGAAGAGCUCCCACAUUUCAGAAUGGGAAGGCUGAACUUCCAGAGUUCAGGCCUCCAACACACAGACUCUGCGGCGGAGGGCCGGGAUGCCCCCCGGGAGCCCCGGGCGGGCGGGCGGGCGGCGGAGGUUCCGAGGCCGGGCCAGGCGUGGGCCGCGGGGCCCCUGGGCUGCAGUGCAUGGGUUUGGCCGUGGGGUGGCAGCAGCGCCCCUCCCUCCGCACGGCUGCGGCGCUUGCGCAGCGGGUUCACGGGCGCGCCCGACGGCCGCGUCGCCAGCCUGUUUCCAUGGCAACCGUGCUCAAAAGCGUCACAGCCAAACCAGCCCCCCGGAAGCGCACAUGGAAUCCGCGCCCCCUGUUCAGUGCGCAACCGCAUUAGGUGCCCGGAACUUGCCCACAAAGACCGGAAGUGUCACCAGAACCGCUGCCCCCGUUUUGUAGUCCCCGCCGCUUCCGGGGCCCGGAAGCGUUACAGCCACUCAAAUUCCCCGCGUCACAAAUACCGGAAGCGUUACUAG